AUGGAGCGUGACACGACAGAUGCAGCAGCAACACAUGAUGUAGAGAUGGCCGCUCCGGUCCCAAAUCCGGAGGUCGAGUAUGAGGAGGACACAUCUUUUCAUGUUUUCGAUAGAAGCGAGGGUUGGAGGCCCCGCCGAGCCUCUGGGAACGGGGAUGCACUUGAUGAUCAGGAACCACGAAGCCCCGUGAAAACAGGCGAAUCAGGCCGACCUUGCGGCAAACCUUUUUCCUUUUACAGAAAGCGAGCUUUUAAGCGUGCUGUGGCCAGGGCGACAGUACAUGGCACGACACAGUAUCGAGGACAGACAUGUGAUUUACAUGCUCUCAUGGGACAGUAUCAGGCAGGUGGUACGCAGCACUCUGGGCGCGCUCCCAGGAUCAACGCUGCAAACACUGGUGCCUCAUCCCAGUUUUCGCUCUCCUGUAUAUCUUGGAACUGUGGUGGUCUCAGCUCCCUCAAAGAUGAAUUGUUCACGUGGCUCGACGAGCACCCUUACGACAUUGUCUUUCUUCAAGAGACCUGGCACAGGCAGCAGAUGGACUUUGACACACGGGGCUGGGUAGACACUGUCAAUGUGUAUCAGUAUGCACUUGGACAAAGCGGUGACUACAACUGCAAUCUGACCACCUUGAAAUCUCACACAGGACCGGGAAUGCUUACACCGACGACGCCUUCACCGGAUAUGGAGGACGUCGUGGCGAUUGUACAUGACUUCUCAUUGAUUGCUGUCAACUCAUUCGGCAGGAAGAACAGCUACACCUACAUUCAUGAGGGGUGCAAGCCGGUGCGACGCUCCUUCAUUGACUACAUGUUUGUUAGGCAGAACAAGCACAGCGAUUACAAGUCUGGACUUCUGCGUGAUUGGCAGGUUGCGCGCUGGCGCCAAGGUGGAAGGCAUCUCCCAGUGUGGUCACGAUUUUCUAUACGACGGUUCAGGACUCAGCAACCACAGCAGCAGCUUGAAUGGCCUCGAUGGUGCUGCCGCCUCCUUUCACAGGCCAUCAUGGAGCAGCCACAGCUGGCCGAGCGCUACACGGAGCAGGUUGCCGUCGCGUUGCAAGCUGCUGAUACGUAUGAGCCCAAGAAGUUGAACACCCUGCUGCUGGAGGUCGGGAGGCAGGUCUUUCAUGUACAACGACCACCCAGCUUGCCGCCGCCCUGGACUGGAGCGCACCACAUUGGCAGCAUCAAGGAUAUGUGGCAGCAUUAUCGACUCAUGCGCAGGUCUUUCGAGGAGGCCAAUCGUUCUCGUGUGGGGUUGGCACAGCUGCUUGAGGAGGCGGAGGGCAAACUGCUUACUCCGGCUGAGGAAGCCCGUGCCCUACAGGAUUUUUGGCGAUCGGUGAAUGGCACACCAGGGUCGCUCCUUCGUUCGGGACAGGCUUCCAGCUACAACGUGCUGCAGCAGGACAUUGAGCAAGCCCUACGCGAUCUUCAGGCGAGCAAGGCUGCCCCGCCCCAUUGUGCUCCACAUGCCUUCUGGAAACUGGCCUCUUCUCCAGUUGCUGAGUUCAUGGAAGAUAAGGUUUUCUCAAGCUGGCGAGAGGAUCACGCGUGGGUCCCAGAUGAUUGGUCGGCGGCAUGGCUGGUGUUCCUGCAUAAAGUUGGCAAGGCCAACGACGACCCCGCAUCAUUACGACCCAUCGCGCUGCUAGACCCAAUGGGCAAAGCAGUCAGCGGUGUUCUGAAGAGGCACCUCGAACCAUAUCUGUUGAAGGCAGCUGCCACAUUGCCACUUUAUGGCUAUCUAGCGAACAGAUCCCCGCAACAGGCCCUCACGGUGGUCUAUGAGCACUGCGACAGAGUUCGAACUGCAGCCCGAGCCCAAACUCGAUCAUGGUACGAACUACGAGCGGGACAGAAGAGGUCAUCGUGUGCAGGGGGCCUCCAGGUCAGUGUGGAUUUUUCUCAAGCGUUUGACCGUGCAGACCGCCAACUUUUGGUGCGUGCCUUGCAAUUUCUUGAAGUGCCGGAUGACUUGACCGAUGUGAUUCUCAGGUGGACCCAGAAUACGGUUUUUCACAUUGACAAGGCCGACGCGUCUGAGCAGUAUCAUUCUAGUACUGGCAUCCGCCAGGGAUGCAAGUUGUUACCUACAUUGUGGUGUUGUCUGUACACCUAUGUGCUACAUGUUCUUGACCAACAACUUGGUGCGGAGUGGAGCUUAGAGCACCUGCUGGGAUUCGCGGAUGACACACACCUGCGAUGGGAGUUUCAGGAUCGAGAAGGCCUGCUCAAGGCGCGUGUUGAGGCGGAGGGUGUCCAAGUUCCACACCUGAUGCGCAAAAUCACGCGCAAACGCCUGCAGCCCAAAGGCACUCUGCUGGUUCUCGAUGAGAGAUGGACGUUACCGCUCAAACGCGACCACAUCUACUUAGGAGCCGUGAUCUCAUAUGGCAACUACGAGAUGCUCAAUGCACAACAUCGCAGACAUGCAGGACAAGCGGCUUUUUCACGCAUGUGCACUACGCUUAUGUCGCACCGUGCUCUCUCCCUCGACAAGAGGCUGCAUCUGUGGCGUACCAUUGUCCUGCCGGCCACUCUGUAUUCCUUGUCUUCUUCAGGAUGCACCAGGAAAUCCUUUGAUCUCAUCCGGGUCCUGAUGGUCAGGCAGAUUCGUGCCAUUGCCCGCAGUCCGAGACACCUCACUGAGGAGAGUGAUCUGCAUCUACUACAGCGCCUACGGCUGCCUCAAAUACAUGAGAUGCUGCUUCAGGUCCACAGUCGAGUCGUUGAGGCUUCCACUUCUUUGCGCCAGAUCCUUAGUCCACAAGAUGUACGUCUCACGCAGGAUAUCGUCCAGCGUGAAUGUCGGCUCCUUGAGGUUUUCAAGCAACUUGUUGCUACGGAUGCAAAGGCUGCUGGCACGCCGAACAGGCUCACGUGUGAGCACUGCGGGCAAUCCUUUGACAAUGAUGCAGCCCUGCGACAACACAAAGGUCGUAUGCACAGCAAGACCAGAAUGGAGGCGGCACCCACGGUGUUCGACAGGCAACAACAUGGCACUGACGGCAUGCCACGUUGCCGUGGAUGCGGGCAUCCCUUCGCUAGGUGGGGGGACCUUCAGAAGCACAUCGAGGAGGAAUCACUGCCAAGGCAAAAUCCAGGAGGAAGCGCCCGCCCCUGA